UGGCAACACUGGAACGGAGUAGUACUAUAGCCGCUUAGGCUUAGCAAGCGAAGCAACCCAGUUACCCAAGUGUCCGACAGAAUCCCAUUCCCAUUCCCACCUAACGGCUAAGUCCCGCCAUGCUUCUCGCCGUCCUCUCCCUCGUCUUCGUCUGCGGCGGCGCUGCAGGCGCCGCGGCGCCGGCGAACGCGCGCCCGUGCGCGUCGCCCGAUGCAGCGAACGCCUACCCGUUCUGCAACGCCUCCCUCUCCAUCCCGGCCCGCGCGCGCGCGCUCGUCUCCCUCCUCACCCUCGACGAGAAGAUCGCACAGCUGUCCAACACGGCGGGGGGCGCCCCGCGCCUCGGCAUCCCGCCUUACCAGUGGUGGUCCGAGUCCCUCCACGGCCUCGCCGACAACGGGCCCGGGGUUAACUUCUCCUCGGGCCCCGUCCGCGCCGCCACCGCCUUCCCGCAGGUCAUCCUCACCACCGCCGCCUUCAACCGCUCGCUGUGGCGCGCGGUGGCCGAGGCCGUCGCGGUGGAGGCCCGCGGCAUGCACAACGCUGGACAGGCGGGGCUCACGUACUGGGCUCCCAACAUCAACAUCUUCCGCGACCCGCGGUGGGGACGCGGCCAGGAGACGUCAGGGGAGGACCCCACCGUCGCCGCCGCGUACUCAAUCGAGUAUGUGCAGGGGUUCCAGGGGGAGUACGGGGAGGAAGGUAGGAUCAUGCUCUCCGCGUGUUGCAAGCACUAUACAGUGUAUGACAUGGAGAAAUGGGAGGGCUUUGCGCGGUACACGUUCAAUGCCAAGGUAACUGAGCAAGAUUUGGAGGACACGUACCAGCCUCCUUUCAAAACAUGCAUCCAGGAGGGUCGUGCUAGCUGCUUGAUGUGUGCAUAUAACCAGGUCAAUGGUGUGCCAAUGUGUGCUCACAAAGAUCUUCUGCAGAAAACUAGGGAUGAAUGGGGAUUUCAGGGGUAUAUUACAUCUGAUUGUGAUGCUGUGGCAAUAAUUCACGAAAACCAGACAUACACGAGUACAGAUGAGGAUUCGGUAGCGAUUGUUCUUAAGGCGGGAAUGGAUAUCAACUGUGGUUCUUUCCUAAUUCGGCAUACAAAAUCUGCAAUUGAGAAAGGGAAGAUUCAAGAAGAAGAUAUCGACCGUGCCCUUUUUAAUCUAUUCUCUGUUCAGCUGCGUCUUGGAAUUUUUGAUAAGGCCAACGACAACCAAUUAUUUUCUCGAUUAGGGCCCAACAGCGUGUGCACGAAAGAGCAUAGAGAGCUUGCAGCAGAAGCUGUAAGGCAGGGCACUGUCCUUUUGAAGAAUGACAACAGUUUUUUGCCUCUGAAGAGAAGCGAACUUAGGCAUGUUGCUAUCAUUGGACCAGCUGCAAAUGAUGCGUAUGCUAUGGGUGGAGACUACACAGGUGUUCCUUGCAAUCCUAUGACCUUCCUUAAAGGCAUGCAAGCCUAUGUUUCGCAAACAACCUUUGCCGCUGGAUGCAAGGAUGUUCCCUGUAACACAACAGAUGGAUUUGGCGAAGCCAUUGAAGCAGCCAAAAGAGCUGAUAUUAUUGUUCUAGUUGCUGGGUUGAACCUGACAGAAGAGAGAGAGGACCAAGAUAGAGUGAGCCUUCUCCUUCCAGGCAAGCAGAUGGACCUCAUACAUAGCAUUGCUAGCGUAACAAAGAAGCCCCUUGUGUUGGUUCUCUUGGGUGGUGGUCCUGUUGAUGUUUCUUUUGUGAAGCAAGAUCCACGAAUUGCAAGUAUUCUCUGGGUCGGAUAUCCUGGUGAGGUUGGUGGACAAGUUCUCCCAGAAAUUAUUUUUGGAGAGUACAACCCAGGUGGAAAGCUGCCUAUAACUUGGUACCCUGAAUCCUUCACUGCUGUUUCAAUGACUGAUAUGAACAUGAGAGCUGAUGCUUCACGCGGUUACCCUGGAAGAACAUAUCGAUUUUACACUGGAGAUGUCGUAUAUGGUUUUGGAUAUGGUUUAAGUUACUCCAAAUAUUCGUAUAGCAUCUUGCAGGCUCCAAAGAAAAUUAGCCUGUCACAUUCAUCAGCUCCGGACCUUAUCAGUAGGAAGCCUGCAUACAUAAGGAGGGAUGGCCUAGACUAUGUGAAAACUCAAGAUAUCGCCUCCUGUGAAGUCCUAAAAUUUUCUGUUCGCAUCUCAGUAUCGAAUGAUGGUGACAUGGACGGGAGCCAUGUUGUUCUACUUUUUGCAAAAUCGAAAUCAAGCGUUCCUGGUUUUCCUAUAAAACAAUUGGUUGGUUUUGAGCGUGUCCACACGGCCGCCGGCAGUGCAAGUAAUGUGGAGAUUACCGUAGAUCCUUGCAAGCUUAUGAGCGCAGCCAACCCUGAAGGCGUCAGGGUACUGUUGUUGGGAGCCCAUGUUCUGAUGGUGGGUGACGAAGAGUACGAAUUGUUCAUCGAAGCUUGACAAGGAUGUACGUAUCUUGCCAUUUAUGGAGAUCAAAUUUGGAAUAAUCUGAUGACAUUUGUAAAGGAACAUGUUGUAAAGAUUCAUCGUUGGAUUGGGUGCAAGUACAGUUGUAGCCAUUGCAGCAGACGUUGCCAGAAAUACUCAAAUAAAAUUCAGCACCGCAUUCAGAAUUGUAA